AUGGAUAUCGGUGAACUUAAAAAUCCCUACUCUGCCAAAAAGGAAUCUGGUAACACAUCUACAGGCUCUGGUCUGUUUAAGAUUGGCGAUUAUGAUGAACCUAAAAAGUCAAACAAUAACGGCAAGCAGCAAGGACAACCUGGCCUCGUCGAGCAAGCUGGUGAAUCCAUCAAGAAUGGCGUCUCGUCUACUGUAAACACACUCACUGGAAAUAACAAAAAAUAA